AGACUGUCCCGGAGUAGGCUGGGCUGGCUGGAGAGCAGAGCUCGGAUGGGGAGCUUCCUUGGACCCGUGGUGCUCUUUCUGUUCCUCUUCCAGCCUGCGAGCCCAUUCUGGCUCUUAGAUGUGCUCUUCCCACCCAGUUCCACCCCAGAAGCUGCUCUCGCCAACAACACCCCCCCGGUGGUGCUUGUGCCCGGUUGCCUUGGGAACCAAUUAGAGGCCAAGCUAGACAAGCCUGAUGUGGUCAACUGGAUGUGCUAUCGCAAAACUGAAGACUACUUCACCAUCUGGCUGAACCUCAACAUGUUUCUGCCCCUGGGGGUGGACUGUUGGAUUGACAACACCAGAGUGGUAUACAACAGGACAACCCAGAGAAUGUCCAAUGCACCGGGUGUCCAUGUCCGAGUCCCUGGGUUUGGCAAAACCUACUCUGUGGAAUACCUGGACAAGAGUAAACUGGUUGGAUAUAUGCACACCCUGGUGCAACACCUGGUCAAUAAUGGCUACGUACGAGAUCAUACAGUGAGAGCUGCUCCUUACGAUUGGAGGGCUGGACCCAAUGAUCAAGAGGAAUACUUCCACAACCUGCGUGCCCUUGUGGAGGAGAUGCACAAUGCCUACCAGAAGCGGGUCUUCCUCAUGGGCCACAGCCUGGGCAACCUUCUUAUCUUAUACUUUCUGCUCCAGCAGCCUCAGGACUGGAAAGACCAUUUUGUCCAAGGCUUCAUCUCGCUUGGGGCUCCCUGGGGGGGAGCUGUGAAGUCCUUGAGGGCCAUGGCUUCAGGUAACAACCAAGGCAUCCCGAUCAUGUCCAGCAUCAAACUACGUGAAGAACGGCAACUGACCACCAGCAAUCCAUGGUUGUUCCCAACUAGAAUGGCUUGGCCUGACAACCACAUCUUCAUCUCUAGCCCUUUCUACAACUACACCUUAAGUGACUACCAACGCUUCUUCACCGAUGUCAACUUUGAGGAUGGCUGGUACAUGUGGAACGAUACCAAGGACCUUUUGAGAGAUCUGCCCCCUCCAGGUGUCGAGGUGUAUUGCCUGUACGGCACUGGGCAACCCACUCCGGCGACCUAUAUCUAUGACGAUAACUUCCCCUAUGAGGACCCUGUGGACAUAUUGUACAGCGACGGGGAUGACUCUGUUAACAAGGGCAGCCUGGAACUGUGUAAGCGGUGGCACGGCCAGCAGAAAGAAAAGGUGCACGUUAUGGAGAUGCCGGGGGUUGAGCAUCUCAACUUGGUCUUUAAUAACCUCACCCUGUCCUAUGUCAAUGAAAUCCUGCUUGGAACCUUUGGGAAUGUUACGGCUCCAGAGGAUGGAGUAGGAGAUGGAGAGAAUGGCCCUUUGGAAACGCAUCCCAAAGCCAGACGAAAGAAGUGA